UAGAGUGGGACGUCCGGUGCGCCUCGUCUUUGCAUGCGUCUUUGCGUAUUCCCCUCCGCUGGGUUUCGGCUCCCGUCCGCUCUGAGCGCCCCUGCGAGACGCGGCUCUCCUCCACUCGCAAGGGGUACAAGGAAGGAAGUAUGAAAAUACAUGAAAAAGUUGCACAAAUAAAUGGCUAUAAGAUUUGUUGAAGACUUCAAAGAAGCAGAUACAGUUUUCCAGAAUGGUGUUUUUCACAUGUAAUGCCUGCGGAGAAGCCCUGAAGAAGGGACAGGUGGAAAAGCAUGUGAAUAUGUGCCGAAACUGUCAGUGUCUGUCUUGCAUGGAUUGCGGGAAGGAUUUCUGGGAUGAUGAUUAUAAAUCCCAUGUGAAGUGCCUAAGUGAAGAUCAGAAGUAUGGAGGAAAGAAUUAUGAAGCCAAGAUGCCCAAAGGGGACGUCAAGCAGCAGGAGUGGACUCAGAAGAUUCAUGAAAUAAUAAAGGAAACUAACAUUAAUGUCAAAGUUCGGGAUAUUUUACAACAGAUGUAUGCAUAUGACAAUAUUCCACGAAAGAAACGUAAAUUUCAGAACUGGAUGGCCAACAGUUUGAAAAUCCACAAUACUACUCUACAGGAUCAAGUAUGGGAUAUUUUUUCAGAAGCAACAAGAAAGGAAAUACUUGAAACCGAAUCUGUAAAAACGUAAUAUGCCGUGGCAUCGGAAAACGAUAUCACAAAGACUGAUGAGAAACCAAGAGAAAAAAGUAAAAAGGAAUUAAAGGAGAAGAAAAGUAUCAGAAAGUUAAAAGCUCAGCAAGAAAACCUGGAAUGUUUAAAAAGUGAAAAAUCUCAGCGAGACGUUCUUGAGGAAGGCGGCAUAAAAAUGGCCCAGAGCUUGAAGAAGAAGAAGACGAGCAAGAAACCCGCCGGCUUGGUCAAAGUGCCAGAAGCAGAAGCGGCUGAGGCUGAGGCUCUCUGUGGGAAGAAACGCAAGAACAGCUGCACCAAAGAUGAGUCUCCCAUUCCCACCAAAAUAACGAACUGCUUUGAAGCGGAAGAUAAACAUCAAGGUAAAUUCAACUGGAAAGGAACAAUAAGAGCUGUUUUGAAGCAGGCACCCGACAAUGAAUUGUCCAUUAAGAAACUAAGGAAAAAGGUGUGUUGUAUCACUUUACGAAACAAUGUAAAAUUGAAGAGGGAGCAUUUUUGAAUUAAAAGAAAAGUGCUUUAAAGUACAAUGGACUGCUAAAUUGGUGUACUUCUAGCAUGCUAUGAGUUUGGGUUGCAUUUCUACAGUUUUAUUGGUUGACAUAUUUUUUUUGAAAAAAACACGUGUGGUAAAUACACUGUUUGCAAUCAUUCAUGAAACUGAAAAUCAAGGUCCAAUAGCUGGUAAGCCGCAUUUUAGCAAUGUGGUUUUGCAGUAUUUAUGCUCUGUACUUAAACUUUAUUAUUUAAAAAUGGCUUGGACUUUUCAUUUUUGAAAAUUUAAUUACCAGUAGAUCUGAAAGCACAAUUCUUGUACACAGAUAGCACUUCCGUCAUUCAUGGAAAACAAUUACUGAUACUGUCUCCACAAGGCAAGUUUACAGCCAUUGUCUAAUAUAUGAGCACAAACCCCAGUGUUAUCCCAGUCUAAAUAAAAUGUAGACCUAUGGUUAAUUCUUUAAAAUUUAAAUCCAGUGGAGCUCAGUGGCUCUUGCUUGCAAUUCAAUCUCCUUAGGACAAUAAUUUUUUAAUUGGCAUUGUGCAUUUCCUUUAAAACAGUCCCUUCCUGUCACUAAAUAUCAACUUUUCUUAAUCUGGACACUUUGCAAAAUUAUGAACUUUAAAACAUGUUUAUCCAGCUGAACCAUUACAAAGAUUUCUGGUACUUCAUAUUGGGGGGCGGGGGGGGGAGUU